GAGUAACUCUGACCCUCGCCUUGUGAGGGUGAGGCCUCACCGUUUCAGGCUCUGGGGGCUGCAGGAAGCACAGGAGGGGCUUCCUGUGGGUGUAUUUUAAGAACAAAGGGAGGCCUCUAGCAGGUGGAGGGGACCCCUCCCUCCUGCCGCAGGGGUACCCAGGGGACAGGGCUUCGCCUUCUGGCCUCGAUGCGAUGCAGAGCUCAAGAGUGGGGCGUCCCAGGUCUCUGCUCACUGCUGCAGUCCCACCCACCUGUGUGCCCCUCACCCUCCAAGGCUUGUGCAUCCCUCAUUGGCAAGGUGUCCAUGGGGCACCAUCAGGGGACCUGAAGGAGGGGCCUUCAGCCAGCGGAGCCUCUGAGCCUGUGUCCCCCCUGUCCCCAGCAGGCCGGGCUGGGGGAGGUAGGGAGGUGGGGCCUGGGAGGGCCUCAUCAAUGGUGACUCAGCCGGGCCUGGGGUGGCUGCAGCUGCAUUGCAGCAGAUGCUGACAGUGAGGUCAAGGGCCAGCCCCCAAACAGAGUGGGACAGUCCCUGGGGCUCCCUCUCCCUGCCCUUGAGCCUGGCAGAGCUGGCUGGUGACUGAACCCUCCCUCACCACUCCCACCUGGCCUACACAGUCCGGGGCCAAUGAGUGCAGGAUGUGGGACUUCUGAGGGACCACAGAGGACAGUCUCCCCUCCAGACAGGGUCCCCUUUCCAGACUCCUCGUCUCACUGUCCCCCAGUCCUGGGUCCUGGGUUCUGGGAGCAGGUAGGCUGGGCUUUCACAGUGGACCGGCUCCUGGCCAGCUGGGGUCCCCUCCUUGUCCCCCUGCCCUGCUGUCCCCUCUGUCUUCUGUCCCCUUGUCCCCAGCCCUGGGUCCUGGGAGCAGGUGGCCUGGGCUUCCACAGUGUGUUGUCUACUGCCCAGAUGGGGUCCCCAGCCUGUGUCUUGGCCUCUCUGUCCUGCUGUCUCCCUGUCCCCAGCCCCGGGUCCUGGGAGUCAGGCAGGCUGGGCUUCUAGCUGCUUCCUUCCUUCCUUUCCUGGGACGGAAACCCCACUGGGUGGGAGCGCCAAGCUGGAGCUCUGUCAUCACCCUGCUCCCCAAGGUGACUCAGCCCCCAGGCCCCCACCCAUCCCCAGGGACCCUAGACAUAGUGAGGGGUAGAUAAAGGAGGGUGGCCCCCUCGGUUGGCCAGAGUGCGCUGACUAUCCCAGGCAGCAGUCCGCUGCCACUCCGGUCUGCCAUGGCCCGCUCUGGGGCUGCCACACUGCCAGCCCCAGCUCCAGGAGCCCCUCCUGGGAGCCUACCCCAGGGACUCAUUCAGGACAUGAAUGGGCCCCCGAGAGAGCUUCGUCCCCGGCUCUGCCACCUGCGGAAGGGCCCCCAGGGCUAUGGGUUCAACCUGCACAGUGACAAGUCCCGGCCAGGCCAGUACAUCCGCUCUGUGGACCCAGGCUCGCCCGCCGCCCACUCCGGCCUUCAAGCCCAGGACCGGCUUAUUGAGGUGAACGGGCAGAACGUGGAGGGGCUGCGUCAUGCUGAGGUCGUGGCUACCAUCAAGGCCCGCGAGGAUGAGGCCCGGCUGCUGGUUGUGGACCCCGAAACCGAUGAGCACUUCAAGCGGCUGCGGGUCACGCCCACUGAGGAGCACGUGCAAGGUCCACUGCCAUCCCCUAUCUCCAAUGGGACCAGCCCUGCCCAGUUCAACGGCAGCUCAGCAUGCUCUUCUCGAAGCGACCUGCCAGGUGCAGGCAGGGACGUGGAGGACGGCAGCGGCUGGAAGCGGGACCCCUUCCAGGAGAGUGGCCUGCACCUGAGCCCCACGGCGGCAGAGGCCAAGGAGAAGGCGCGUGCCACUCGGGUGAACAAGCGCGCCCCGCCCAUGGACUGGAGCCGCAAGCGGGAGAUCUUCAGCAACUUCUGAUCCUGUUGCCGCCGCUGCUGCCACCACCGCCGCCAGGCCGGGUGAGGGACCUGGAGGGCAGGAGGCAGCCCCCAGCCCUGCACUGUGCUCCCUGAGCCUUGGAGGACUGGAGGGGGCACCCUCACCCCGGAAGCCAUGGCCGCUCUGCGCUGCCUUCACCAAAAAACCAGCCAGCGAGUCCCCUCCUCCGCCACCCACCCGCCCACCGGCCUGAAGGGUGCUGGGACCAACCAUGUUGUAGCAGGAUGGGGAGAGGGAGAAAGGCAGAGAAGAGAGAGACAGACGGAGAGAGAAAAGACAGAGAGGGAGAGAAAAGACAGAGAGGGAGAGGCCAGGUGGGACCUGGGGCUGUGUAGCCAGGGUCUUGCUGGUGGGCACCGGCUGCAGGCGCUGAUGAGAAGGAAUUUAGUUUUGCUUUUCCUCCAAGUGUUCCAGCUCGCACGUGUUUCCACUUAGCUGCAGAGCCCCCUCCCCGCCCCGCCGGGACUCUCUCUCCAUAACUGCAAUAAAACAAGCAGUUCUCUGCAAACCAUUUCACCAGCCCCCAGGCUGCAGGAAAGGCGCAGGCACUUCCGGGGGUGGAGGGUGAUGGGCGUCGGACUGUGGGGCUCUGGGGAGGCAGCUGGGGCUGGAGGAGCUGGCCCCCAGCCCUGUUCUUGCACCAGGGGCCUUCGAGGGGCCAGAGGAUAGAGGCCCUGAGCCCUCUGAUGGGCAGGCUCUGGACAGGCCCCUCGCUCUGUGCCUCUGCCUUCUCCUGUCCCGCAGACCCAGUGACCAGCCCUUGACCGACUUCGCUGUCUGCCUUGUAAGCCAUAGCAAAUGUGCACACCUCGGGAAUAAACAGGCCUUGUUUGACCCUG